AUGACAGUACCGUUUGAUAACUUGUCAUGCCAUCACUCCAUCGAUGACUUCCGAAACAGAGUCUACUCCACACUCUACUCCAUGAUCAGCAUUAUGGGCUUUGUUGGCAAUGGGUUUGUGCUCUAUGUCCUCAUAAAAACAUACCGGCAGAAGACAGCCUUUCAGGUGUACAUGCUGAACCUUGCUGUGUCUGACUUCCUCUGCGUGGCCACCCUGCCCCUGCGUGUCAUCUACUAUGUCCACAAAGGAAACUGGCUCUUCAGUGACUUCCUAUGCAGGGUCAGUUCGUAUGCGCUGUAUGUCAACCUCUAUUGCAGCAUUUUUUUCAUGACUGCAAUGAGCUUCUUCCGCUGCAUAGCCAUCGUUUUUCCAGUCCAGAACAUCAAUCUGGUACCAGAGAAGAAGGCUAAAUUUGUCUGCAUUGGCAUAUGGUUUUUUGUCACCCUGACAAGUGCUCCCUUUCUGCGGAAUGGGACGUACCAACAUGGCAACAAGACCAAAUGCUUUGAACCCCCAGAAAACUUUCAGAAGACAAAUUUAGUUGUGAUCCUGCAUUUUAUUGCCCUAACUGUGGGUUUCAUUCUUCCCUUUAUUGUCAUAACUAUCUGCUACACCAUGAUCAUAAGGGCCUUAAUGAAAAAUUCCUUGAAGAAGAACCGGGCUAAGCACAAGAAGGCAGUCUGGAUGAUCAUCAUUGUGACGCUCACCUUUCUGGUGAGCUUCACCCCAUACCAUGUUCUGCGUACAGUCCACCUCCAUGUGCUGAGACUGAAGAAUGCCAGCUGCGAGGAUGCCAUAUACCUACAGAAGUCUGUUGUGGUAACGCUCCCAUUGGCAGCUUUCAACUGCUGCUUUGACCCACUUCUUUAUUUUUUCUCAGGGGACAAUUUUCGGAAGAGACUUACCACGUUUAGGAAGGCUUCCUCCUCCAGCUUAACACAAGCCUUCAGGAAAAAGUUCUCCAUAAAGGAGAAAGAUGAGGAAUUCUUUGGAGAAGGCCAUAAGGAGAAUGAAAAGGCAGCUGUGGCCCCUCCAGGCUUUACCUCAGCUUCAUUUGAAAUGCUUGGGAUCAACAUGAGCAAACAGGGUAAUUUCAAAGCUGUUAUUGCUCACACUAUGAUCAUGAGAAAUGUAGUGCUGGAGUGUCAGACGAGCCCCAUGUCAAUCUCCGUGGAUGACCUCAGUUGGCAGCUGCUCGAAGCCUCGCUCACAGCCUUCGGAGCUGCCGAGGAGCUUUUGGAAAGGCUGU